AUGGCUGUUAAGCUUUUGUUGGUUUCACUUGGGCUAACUGUGAUUUUUGUGGCUCUCAUCCUCUAUCUUCGGCGCAUCAACCGUCUCUUGAAGGAGACGCCCCAUCAGGUCGGACAACUAAGAGGCAAACCUUGGACCCCAGAACUACUGAGACAAACCUACGAAGCUCUCGAAACAUCACCAAUCAACUUCGAUGGGCGUUUACCUCCCAAACUUAACAGACGAUACAUCGUCACCGGAGGGAACGGGCUCGUGGGUGGAUACAUAGUUCUCCAGUUGUUGGCGCGUGGAACACCACCCAAGUGCAUUCGAAUUGUGGAUGUUCGAGAGCCCGAGCGAGAUGAUCUGCGGAAAGGUCUAGCUGCCCAAGUGGACUAUGUGCAGACAGAUAUUACCUCCAAGGCUGCUGUUGGUGAUGCUUUCUCUAAGUCGUGGGAUCCGAAGAUAGAAUCUCUGCCGCUCACCGUCUUCCAUACGGCUGCUGUCAUCAUACCCGGAGCCAGGUCCAAGUAUCUCUACAAGUUCACCGAAGCUGUCAAUAUACAAGGGACCAAAAAUGUCUUGGCUGCUUCUCGUGCAGUCGGCGCCGAUAUCUUCAGCUCAACUUCAUCAGCCUCGAUAUCCAUUCGACCCGUGGAAGCAUUUGUACUACCAUGGGCAGAGCCUAAACACUAUUGGCAGGUGAUGGAUACACAAGACUUCGAUAAACCAUUACGAGAACACGAGGAAUACUUUGCAAACUACGCUGUUUCAAAGGCCAUUGCGGAACGACUCGUGUGUGCUGAGAAUGAACCGUCUUUUCGCACAGGAUGUAUUCGACCUGGGAACGGUAUUUACGGACAUCCCUCGGAUAACCCCAUCGGAAGUCUUCUGGCUAGAGAUGUCAAUCAAACCUGGGUCCCGCACAUAGUACAGAAUUUCGUUCAUGGCGCCAACGUGGCUGUCGCGCAUCUAUAUCACGAAGCUGCGCUCACCAAAGAACAUUGCACCCACGCUGGCAAGCCGUUCGUGGUCACUGAUGUUGGUCCACCAAUCACUUUUGGAGACGUUUAUACUGCCGUGGAAAUCUUAUCUGUUCAUCCCUUUCGAAAUGUUAUCGUGCCGCCUUUGGUCAUUCUUUUUAUGACGCAUAUGGUCGAAUGGUAUAUCCUACUCCCCUAUGGCCUCCCAUUCCUUAAAGGACUACUCCCAGAGAUCAAAGGUGAUCUUAGGACAGUUCAGCCUGGGCUAAUCACCAUUUGCACACAUUUGAUAGCAUCUGAUGCUGAGGCAAGAAAGCCCAUCUCUGAGGGUGGCCUCGGGUACAAAGGACUUCUUACAACACUAGAAGGGGUUGUCUCGGUUAUCAUGGAUUGGAACCGAGAACAUGCUGGUGAGCAGACAAGAGAAGGAAAGAAAGUUUACCAAGGUUCGUUACGACUGGCCGAGAUGUUGGAAGAAGCUGGAUCAUCUAUUCCUCUUUAG